AUGCGCCUGCACGUGGUGCCGCCCUCGUACCUCACCGGGGUCGCAGCCUUGAGUCGCCUCUUCACUUCGCCCAUGAUGAUGCAGACCCCCAACUGCAGCAGCGACAACUCGUCAUCCCCGGGGCCGCACAGCCCCGAAGUCCCCAGCACGGCCGAGGAAUCGGACAGGCGGAAAAAAUUGCAGUUCGUUUCGAAGACUGCUUUGUCUGAAGAUGAGGAGGAGGAAGAAGACGAGGAGGAUGAAAUUAGUGUGGGGUGUCCGUCGCCGCGGCCCGAGGAAGAUCUCCGAACGGCCCCUGUUUCUUCUUCCUGUGACGAGGAUGAUUAUUUCAAACCGUUGAAAAGACUCAAAAUGAUGCAGCUGGAGCAGGAAAGGCUUCAGCAGCAGCAACAACAAUUAUUGUCACCACCGCCGGCCACGGCCUUUUCACCGUCUGUAUUUCUGCAGGCGGCGGCCAAAAGUCUGCAGCAACAGCAGCCGCCGCAGGGCGUCAAGUCCUUCUCGAUCCUGGACAUCCUGAGUCACCACCCUUCGCGCAAACAGGACGCCGCGAGUCGCAUCGUCCGGCCGUGGGACCUCGGCUCGCCGCCGCCCUCCUCCACCACCUCCAGCGGCCGCCUCCGGAGGCCGCAAUCGGCCGACUCUUCCAGUUCGAUUGCCGACAGCGAGGACCUCAGCCCGGCGGCGACGCCUUCGUCCGGCACCUCCUCUGGUCACCACCAGCAGCGCCGACCGGCGGCCACAGCCUCGGCUAAGAACAACAACUCGCCGCUCGACGCGCUCUUCCAGAUGACCAGCAAGACUUUCAAUGACUUCAAUGGCAGUAAUGAUGGUGACGGCAGUUCGAGCCACCUAAACCUUUUCAACUCGCGGCAGCAGCCGAAGAAGAAGCGCAAGUCGCGGACGGCGUUCACCAACCACCAGAUCUUUGAGCUGGAAAAGCGGUUCCUGUACCAGAAGUACCUGUCGCCGGCCGACCGCGACGAGAUUGCGCUGCAACUGGGCCUGAGCAACGCGCAGGUCAUCACGUGGUUCCAAAACCGGCGGGCCAAACUGAAGCGCGACCUCGAGGAGCUGAAGAAGGACGUCGAGUCGGCCAAAAUCCUCACGGCGCACAAGUCCUUCCUCGAGAACGUCCAAGACCUGGGCCUGCUGAAGAAGAAGGUCGAGGAGUGCAAGAGUGCGGCGGCCGCGGCCGCCGUCAUGGCCGCGGCCGUCGCCGCCUCGAACGCCGAGAAGUGA